AUGACAAGUGACGAGGAAAGACAUGAGAGAGGUAAAGCGAAUGGCGCAAGCGCCGGGAUGACCAAGAGAAGGAGGGGAAGGCCGCGCAAAUUCAAAAGUACAAAUUCAGCGAGUAAAAGAGACUACGGAACAGACUGGUGCAGAGCCGGAUUUCAGCUAGCGAGAACACCGGCAAGAAACAGUAGAGGAAGUCUGCAAGUUGAGAAGGACAGUAAUGAAGAGGCGAAAGAGUUAGAUAUAAUCGAGACAAUCAAUGAUAGGAAAGACAAACAGAAAGAUGAAGUGGGAAAAAAGACAAGAGAACAAGCAACGCAGACUGGAAUGUCAAAUUGGAGCCAAAAGCAGGAAAUGAAGGAUAGUGAAAAAAAUUCAGAGGAAAAGAUGUGGCAAUUGAUCGCAGAGAUAGAAGACAGGGUAAAAACAAAAGUUGAAGAAUUGAUAAUGAAAUCAAUGGAAGAAAUAAAGGCAUGUACAAGACAAGAAACCUCGAAGAUAGGGGCCCAAAUAAUUAGGAGCAAAUGUAAAGAAGACCAAGUGGAAAAGGAAAGAAGACACAGACAGGAAAUAGAAAGAUUAGAGAAGGAAAUUGGUAAAAGAGAACAAAGCAUAAAGGAAAAGGACAGAGUAAUUAAAGAGCUAAGUGAAAAAAUAAAAAAGGAGAAAGAAAGUAAGACGAACAUACCAAAUAAGACAAAAGCAACCGAGGAAAAAAAAAAGGAAAGCAACACGACAGUCAAAGUCACGACACAAAGAGACAAGGAAAGAGUAACAGUGGAGGAAGGCAGGAAAGAGGGCGAUCAAGAGUGA